AGUCAACUACAAGCUCCAUUUAAGCAAAACAGAGCAUAUAUCAUACUAUAUAAAACAAAGAAAAACAUAAAUCUCAUCAAAUAAAAUUUCAAGAAGCUCUGAAAAAUAAUUAGCCAUGUCCAUACCACCAGGAGCAUAUCAAGAAGAUUUACCAGCAGUUCCACCAUGGCUAAACAAAGGCGACAACGCCUGGCAAAUGACUGCAGCGACCCUCGUUGGUCUGCAGAGUAUGCCAGGCCUUGUCAUCCUUUACGCCAGCAUUGUAAAGAAAAAAUGGGCAGUUAACUCUGCUUUUAUGGCUCUUUACGCUUUCGCAGCUGUACUCAUAUGUUGGGUAUUAGUAGGCUAUCGUAUCGCCUUUGGCGAUAAGCUUUUGCCCUUUUGGGCAAAAGGGGCCCCUGCUUUAGGCCAAAAAUACUUAACAGGACGAGCAAGAAUGCCAGAGACAACGCAUUAUUAUAGCGAUGGAACGACAAUAGAAUCUCCUAUGCAUGAACCUUUUUAUCCUAUGGCUGCACAUGUCUAUUUUCAUUUCACUUUUGCUGCUAUUACCAUGAUUUUGUUGGCUGGUUCUGUUCUUGCUCGUAUGAAUAUCAAAGCUUGGAUGACUUUUGUUCCUCUUUGGCUCAUCUUUUGUUAUACUGUUGGAGCUUUUAGCCUUUGGGGAGGUGGAUUUCUUUAUCAUUGGGGUGUGAUUGAUUAUUCUGGUGGCUAUGUUAUUCAUCUUUCUGCUGGAAUUUCUGGAUUCACCGCUGCUUAUUGGGUUGGGCCAAGACUGAAGAGUGAUAGGGAAAGGUUUCCACCAAACAAUGUGUUAUUGAUGCUUGCAGGAGCAGGGCUACUUUGGAUGGGUUGGUCAGGUUUCAAUGGAGGAGCACCUAAUGCUGCAAAUGUAGCUGCUCCUUUGGCUGUUUUAAACACUAAUAUUUCAGCAGCUACAAGUCUUCUUGUUUGGACAACCCUAGAUGUUUUUUACUUUGGCAAGCCAUCCGUUAUUGGAGCGAUUCAAGGAAUGAUGACCGGCCUAGCUUGUGUAACUCCUGGAGCAGGAGUGGUGCAAGCUUGGGCAGCCAUAGUAAUGGGAAUUCUUGCUGGAAGCAUUCCAUGGUAUUCAAUGAUGAUACUCCACAAAAAGUCCACUUUUCUACAGCAGGUGGAUGAUACACUUGCUGUGUUUCACACACAUGCUGUGGCAGGACUUCUAGGGGGUUUAUUAACUGGUCUUCUGGCAGAACCAUCUCUCUGUAAUAUUGUCCUUCCAGUCACCAACACAAAGGGUGCAUUUUAUGGUGGAGUUGGCGGAAUUCUUUUCGUUAAGCAAAUAGUUGCAGCUCUCUUCAUCAUUGGUUGGAACAUAGUUGCAACGACGUUGAUACUACUUGCAAUAAGGUUGUUCAUCCCACUAAGGAUGUCGGAUGAGCAACUAAAGAUUGGAGAUGACGCGGUUCAUGGUGAAGAAGCCUAUGCCCUUUGGGGUGAUGGAGAAAAAUAUGAUCCCGAAAGACAUGGUUGGCAAGGCCCAACUUCUCCACCACAAACAACUACAGUAUUGACAUUUGAUUUAUAACAUGUUAUAACCUCAUACAUCUAUUGUUUAAAACUUUACAGUAUUAGAUUUGUACAUUUUAUAAGGUUCAUAUAGAAGUUAAAGGAAUUUUUAAAGAAUGUGUCGAGUUUGUGAGGUGAGUGCAAGAUAUCAUGUAUAUAUACUUACAAUUUCCCUAUGUUUGUACACUAUAUAUUCUUGAGCCGAGGGUCUUCCAUGAACUGAUUCAGUACAUUAUGUUA